AUGGAGAGACAACUUGCAGCCCUGGCGCCAGUACGAGAGAGCCUCUUCCAGUACUUUCUCAAAGGCGGCGUUACCCGAUAUGAGUGGUCCAAGUAUCUCCCAACGGCUGCGAAUCGAGACCUCGCAGAGUUCAAGUCCCGCUGGGCGACCUUCAAUCGGCAGGCACGCACUCGAGCUCACACCAACACCCCGAUUGCAACAUACUAUAGUGCUAUCGACGAGGGUACACUGGACGAGGAAUCCAUUCUUCAUACCCUAGAUGAAGCGCUCUUCGCCAAUCUAGACGUCACGCUGGGCGGCAUAUCGUGGAACCUGGUGUUCCUUGCCGCAUACCCCGACGUGCAAACUCGGCUUCGCGCAGAAGUUGCUGAAGAGCGCGCAAAGGCUCGCGAUGGCAGCAUCUUCGAAUCCUACAUUCUGCGUUCCGAUACGUACGUUGCAGCGUGCAUCUCGGAGUCCUCCCGACUGCGGCCGCUGGCUGCCUUUUCGGUGCCACAGGCCGCACCAACAGGAAGGGUAGUGGGAGGGUACUAUUUUCCUCCUGGCACCAACUUCAUCAUUGAUUCAUAUGCGCUGAAUCAGCGCAACGAGUACUGGGGCGAGGAUGCGGAAAAGUAUCACCCGGAAAGGUUUCUCGAAAGGAGCGCUGUCAAAGACAGGUACAACUUCUGGCGCUUCGGCUUUGGACCGCGGCAGUGCAUGGGAAAAUUUGUUGCGGACAUGAUGAUAAGGGUACUACUGAUACACUUGGUCGAAAACUAUGAUCUCGGGAUGCUUGACGCGGAUAAGGAGUGGGAAAGGGAUCCCGAAAACUGGAUCAAUCACCCGUUGAUGAAGUUGAGGUGCGAGUUGAGGCGGACCAAGGGCGACGGUACGUAG